AUGUCCCCUGUUCCAAAGCAGGCCCUUCUACACACGCCCGCACCAUCCGACGCGCGCGAGGAAAUGACGGAGCGAGAGCCAGACGGAGACAAGCAAGCAGCCCAAGGCGAAGGAGACGAAGACAAGCAGAGCCAAGGCGAAGAACAGGAAUACCCAUUCAAACGCCUCGUCAAGCAUCGCUGGGUCGGCGACUCGAUGGAAAUCCGGGUUGACUGGGGUCAGGGCGAGUUCACGUGGGAGCCCGAGACAAACCUGCACGCGGAUGCGCUCCAGAACCUCUUGCAGUAUUGGGUAAAGCAAGGCGGCCGGCCAACCAACCCAACGGACGCGGGCCUGUUUAACAUUUUUGCCGUCCGCCAGCACAGCCCCGACCGCAAGCGACUCUUGGUGGAAUGGGUGGGCUACAGUCCCAAGGAAAACUCGUGGGUGUCGUGCAGGGCAGUGGAAGAGACGGCGCCGGAAGUGGUGGCAGAGUACUGGAAGACCGUGCAACCGCGACGACGGCCAGGACGCCCAAGGGUUCGGCCGGAGAAGAAGAACAAGUCAUGA